AAUGUGCUUUAAAUGGCAAAUAGCGCGAGGUAAUUUAUUACGCCUAUCGAUGGCCAGUCAAGUUGUGUUUGAUUUUGGGAUUUGGUAGACAUAACAGUGAAAAUAACGGAGGAAAUCAUCCCAGACUAGCAGAGAUACAAAGGAAGGAUACAGUAAUUGGAAUAAAUUGAGGUAUUUUUAAUUUGUUAUGGCGUGGAGAUGCACUGUUCAGAAACCGCGGCAGGUCAUCGUUGUAGCUCUACUGACGUCCAUAUUUUGGUUUGCGCUCAAUACCGUAAUACUUGUUUCAUAUCAGCUAAAUAUUCCUUCACGAGAUCACAAAAGUUACAUUAUCUCUGAUCAGAGAAACAAAGAUGAUUGGCUUGAAUUUGAGCAAAAGUCAAAGGAAUUAGCCAGCGUAGAGAAAUUAUUGCCACGUGGAAUUUCAGAGAUCGCACUCCACGGCGGAGAGAAACUCGACACCAUAAACACUGAGAUAUCAAAGAUACUGAAGUAUAAGUCAGAUCACGACAGGCAAUUGAUUCAAAAUGGACUCGUUAAAAAUGGUAAAAAGGAAUCAGUGGAAAAACUACGGUUCAAAGAAGAUACUAUAACAGAAAGCAAAAGGAAAAAACCUAAAGUUUUAAAUCAAAAACUCAUUUCGUCAGUGAGAUCCAUUGCCGAAGACAACCCAAGGAAAGAUUCUGCCGACACGAAUAUUGGCGUCGCAAGAUUCCCGACACAUGACCCGAAUGGUCCGGGGGAAAAUGGCAAAGCUGUGAGGAUAUUAGAUAAAGAAAAAUACAACGAGAAGGCUGGUUACGAUAAGUACGCUUUCAACGAAUAUGCCAGUUCUAAAAUUUCUCUUGACCGAUCUAUUCAGGACACUAGGAGUCCAGGAUGCGUGAGUAAAUUGUACCAUGUCUCGGACCUACCUACUACAAGUGUGGUGAUCUGUUUCCAUAACGAGGCAUGGUCCACUCUAUUACGCACUGUUCACAGUGUGUUAAACCGCUCGCCCCCAGACCUCCUGCACGAGAUUAUACUCGUCGAUGACUUCAGCACCUUUGAUCAUUUGAAAAAGCCGCUCGAAGAUUACGUAUCAAGGCUCACUAAGGUCCAUAUCAUUAGGACAAAAAAGAGAGAGGGGCUUAUACGGGCUCGUCUUCUUGGAGCCAACGCAGCUAAAGCCCAAGUGUUAACAUUUCUUGACGCUCAUUGUGAAGCAAACGUGAACUGGUUAGAGCCCUUACUAGAAAGGAUCCGACAGGACCGUACCAUUGUUCCUGUGCCAGUUAUCGAUAUUAUAAGCUCCACAGACUUCUCAUACUCAGGGACACCAGCCGAAGUUAUUGGCGGUUUCAGCUGGGACAUGCAGUUCAACUGGCAUUCAUUACCUCUGAGUGUUCGAGACAAACGCAAAGACUCUAGCGAGCCAAUCAGGACUCCUACAAUGGCAGGAGGGCUGUUUUCUAUUGAUCGCAAGUACUUCUUCGAAUCUGGCUCUUACGACGAAGGAAUGGAAGUUUGGGGAGGAGAAAAUCUGGAGAUGUCCUUUCGAAUUUGGCAAUGUGGAGGAAAAAUAGAAAUAAUUCCAUGUUCUCGUGUUGGUCACGUGUUCCGCUCUCGUUUUCCAUACAAGUUUCCGGGUGGCUAUCAUGAGGUCACGGUGAAUCUUGCACGUGUUGUUCACGUAUGGAUGGAUGAAUACAAAAAGUUCGUGUUUAUGAAGAGACCGGACUUAGAAGGAGUCGAUCAUGGAAACUUGACAGAGCGCUUGGAACUCCGUGAGCGGCUUAUGUGUAAAAGCUUCAAAUGGUACUUGGAUAAUGUUUAUCCUGAACAAACUACCCCAAGAGAGGAAAGUCACGCAUAUGGGGAGGCUCGCAAUCCUGAGACUGGAAUUUGCCUUGAUACAAUGGCCAGGUCUAUUGGCUCUGAACUGGGUGUGUCUCCUUGCCAUGGGAUGGGUGGAAAUCAGCAUUUUGUUCUAACGGACGAUGGGGAGUUGAAAGCUGGAGUAAAAGAUUCAUUUUGUGUUGGAGGAGAGUCUGACAGUGUGUAUCUUUUUUCUUGUGGAGAAACCAGCCAACAAUGGGAACUGUCAAAGGGUACCCUUCGUAACACGCAUCAAGAAAGAUGUUUAGAGCUUCAAGGAGAUGGAAAUACAGUGGCGAUAAAGAACUGUAACAUGUUACCCAAUCAGAAAUGGGCAUUUUCCAAGACCUCCUAGGCCUACUUGAAAUAUAGCAAAUUGAAAUAUAUCUUUUUUGUGAGAAAUUUAUAUGAAACAUUUUAAGGUUUUUGCUGCCCUCAAAGGCAGGUUUAUUUAUAUCAGUAGCUGCAGAAAAUUAUUUCAAUAUGCUCUCCUCAAUAGCCUAAUGCAAUAUCGUUUCGUUCUAUCUGCUGUCAGUCUUUAUCUUUUUCACUUCAUAUGGCUGAGGUUCGUCGAACCCGCAAUAUACGAAUUUGUUGCCUGACUUAUAAACUCCCUUAUAUCUAGCGGGAAACUCCAAAAGAGUUAAACAUUACACACUCACGACACAGAUCAGAUCUAGUCCCCGAUUUCUUUCUUACGGCACCGUGACACACUCACUCACUUUUGCCUCAAACAAUACAAACUGAUUUUCAUCUUUCCGAUUUCUCAUAAAGUCUACAGUGCAUUCGUUUUUUUUUUAGGAACUUCUACUUUAAAAACAGUAAUAAAGAUAUUGAGGCAUUUGCCUGAGUUUCUAUUACCUUCAUUUAAGGGUUACGUUUUUACGUGGA